UUCUUUAAUUUAAAAUAAUAAAACAUUGACAGUAAUAAUGGGAAGUGGAAGCAGAAUUCUGCUAUGCAAAACAUCAUCUUCAUUAACUCUCUUUGCACCUCCACCUGCACCUGCUUUAGCUUUCACUUCCUCUCACCUCACUUUCAAAUCCCUAACUCCGUCACCGUCGCCGUUACCGCCUAACUCCAGACUUCACCAUUGCAAUCGUAUGGCUACUGAAGCUUCACCAUCUUCUUCCUCCGUCACCAACGGUGACAGUAUCAUCCACUCCUCCGCAAACGACGGAGCUUCCACCGCCGCAUCCGCUUCUCAUUCUCCUGCCGCUUCAUCUGCAAUUGACUUCCUCUCUUUAUGCCACAGCCUCAAGAAAACAAAACGAGCUGGAUGGGUAAAGAGAGAGGUGAAGAAUCCAGAAUCAAUCGCUGAUCAUAUGUAUCGCAUGGGAUUAAUGGCUCUUAUUGCUCCUGAUAUUCCCGGCAUUGAUCGUGACAAGUGUGUGAAAAUGGCAAUUAUUCAUGAUAUAGCAGAAGCUAUUGUUGGAGACAUUACGCCCUCCGAUGGGGUACCAAAGGAAGAGAAAAGUCGAAUAGAGGGAGAAGCAUUAGAGCAUAUGUGCAAAUUGCUAGGAGGAGGAAUUAGAGCCAAGGAAAUAAGCCAGUUAUGGAUGGAGUAUGAGGAGAAUUCGUCGCCGGAAGCUAAAAUUGUUAAAGACUUCGAUAAGGUGGAGAUGAUACUUCAAGCCUUAGAAUAUGAAAACGAGCAAGAGAAGGAUUUGGAUGAGUUUUUCCAAUCAACUGCUGGGAAGUUUCAGACUGAAGUGGGCAAAUCUUGGGCCUUAGAAAUAGCAUCAAGAAGAAGAAAAGGCCACUAAUUCAACCUUGUCGGGUACUUCUACUGUCAUUUUUUUAUUUCGUGUAUUGUCUCACACUCUAACUAGAUCCUUUUAAUACUGAUAAUCAUAAUUUUUUUCAAAUCUUAA